AUGACAGCAUCAUCACAAGUAAUGCUUGCCGACCUUAAGCAUAUUGAAUCGAUUAUUGAAUCGAACAAUUCUAUCAAGAAAUCGACUUUGACUUUGGUGAAAGAGUUUCUUGAGGUGCAAGAAAAUUUUCUUGGUGAGGUGGAUCAGGUAUACAAAAAUUUAGCUACGAUUGAGCAUGUAGCGGAGAUUUUCCUUGAUGAAACCAAGAAAAAGAUCUUGCAAGAAUUUAAUCCAUUAGAACACGUUCAACUCGCCGUCUCCGGUUAUAAUUCAGUAGGAAAAACAUCUUUCAUACAUGAACUACUCGGUUGUGGCGAAUUCUUACCCGUGGAGAAAGGUGCUGUGACAGCCCGCAUUGUUAAAUUUUCAUAUGCUCCUCAGGAAAGUGCGUGUCUGAUUCGAUAUACCUCUGUGCAAGAUCUCACUGAGAUUGAUGAUCGGAUUGAUUUAUCCGCUCAUUUCAAAAAUGGUGUGAGUAGCAAAACCCGUAGCAAAGGACUCAGAAAAGUUGUUAAAGAACACGUGGGACGACCUGAGGGCAUCGAUCAACAGUCGGAUGAAUUUUCAAAAUGGGCAAAGAUAUUUGUCGAAAUUCGUUUACCUUCAGAUCAUUUGAAGCCAGGUUUGCAUGUCUAUGAUACGCCAGGCUUUCUUGGAUCGGAUCCGCGAAUUCUACGUGAGAAUUUACUGACCCUGGUGGGCAGCGUUCAUCCGACUAUCGUUUUUCUCUAUGAUAAUCCCACAGGAUCCGAUGAUUCACGGAAAUGCUACAAUGAGCUUAAAGUUGCUCUUUGUAGUGAACAGAUGGGUGUCGAUAUUUUCUUUCUCAAUACGAAAGCGGACGUGGCAAUCAUGCGCAAAGAUGCAAGCAAUAAUGAUGACGAUGAAGAUGACGAUGACGAGAAACUAAUUGAUAAAGAGCGAUCACACCGGUACGAACUCCUCAUGAAAAUUGACGAAAUGAAAGGUGAUGUUCACGAACGAAAUCUGGGCGAGAUGGGACCUUCAUUUGACCAGUGUAACUCUUUCGAUAUGUUCACUACUGCAUCGCCUCUCGAUCCCAUGGAGAUAACAAUCAAGAGUCAUGCUAUCAAUCGAAUCAUUCACUUUGCAGCUGAACAUGACUUGCGAUUGACGAAAUAUGUUAUCAACAUUGUUCACGAGGCUAUCGAUGCAUUCUUUGAUUUUGUUCUUGUCACCAAUCGACGUUCCACUGACGAAUGGAACAAGCUGCGUGAUGAUGCAUUACAAUGGGGUAAGACAUUUUUCGAGCAAUAUCGAUCCGCCAUUCAUGCAGUUGCUAAAGAAGCUAACCUUCGUUUACCAAAACGUUUUCAAGAGAAACGUCUCGAUAUUGAGAAAAAAGCUAUCGAUGAUUGUGAAACACGAGGAAUUCACUGGGACGACCGGCUAAGUCUUCCUGGUCUUCAGGAAGGAUUAGCCAUGAUUAGACAUUUAAUCCAAUCUGUCAAAAACAUAAGCCGUGACUAUCGCAACGACGAGCAGACAUUCAUCGAUAUAUUGAUGGAAAGAGAGGUGACGAAACCUGUCUUACUGGAGAUCAUCUCUCAAGAAAGUAAUAAUAUUAAGCAACAGAUGAGUAAAGAUCACACAUGCCAUCGAAGCAAAAAUGAAUUACUCUAUGCAGCCUAUCGGGAAGUAUUGAUUGAGAUCGGCAAUUUUGGCAACAUAAAUCAGCUUAGUGUCGAACAUAUUAUUUACAAGGCAAUCGCAGCAAUAUUUCUCAGUCCAGUAUUAUUGUCUUUUUUCAUGGCUUACGGCGUCUCAUUUGGUCUUUUAUAUCUUGCGCGAAAAGGGUGCACUGAUAAACGAUUACAAGAUGCAGUAGAUCGUCGAAAACAAAGCAUUCGUCAUUAUUUGGUCGACCUUGAAGCUGCAAUGAGCAAGAUGGGCGACCAGGUGAAAAUAAACAUGUUAGAAUGGAUCGACCAGGAACACAAGAAAUAUGAGAAAAAGGUCAAUGGAUACCACCGCGUGGUUUGCCGCACUAUUCAAGAUCGUCAGAAAGCGUAUGAACUCGCUCGUUUAUUCGUUUCCAAAUUCAUCCGUAUUGAAUGUCAUCUCGAAGCAAAUCUAAAUUUGGCCGCUCAUCAUGGGUCGCGUCCAAUUGUUAUUCAUGAUGAAGUCUUGGGCACAGGAGGAUUUUUCACUGUCCAUCCUUCAUCAUGGGAUAAUGAACAUGGAUUAGUCGUGAAGAAACUACGAGAGCACAUAAACGACCAGAAUUUCACCUAUCUGGAAGCUCAUUUCCAUCGAACAGUUACCAAACUUGACAUUCCGCACUUGAUACAGUUGAAAUACCUGUAUGUCGACGAGAAGGCUUCAAUGUACCUACUCUUGCCUCGCUAUCCCACUAACUUGCAUUCAUUUCUUCUCAAAAAUAUAAGAACCAUGACUACAGAUAAAGCCAUAAAAAUUUCACGUGAUAUUGCUGGUGUCAUUGCACAUAUGCACGCCUUCGAUCUUGUUCAUCGUGAUAUUAAAGUAGAAAAUAUUCUCAUGGAUGAACAUGAGGAAGUGUAUCUGGCCGAUUUUGGUACAUGCCAACAUGGCACCGAGAACAGCACACUUGUGGGUUCUUUUCCAUUGCCACCGGAUCUCACCGCUUCCAAUUCCAGUAGCGAUCGACAAUACUCGUAUGAAGGUACAGCAGUUGACGUUUAUUUGCUCGGUGUGCUCAUGUUUGUGUGUGCACCUAAAGACGUCUACAUUCCUCCGUCGAAUAGGAUUCUUGACCAAGUACAUCAACUCGAUAGAAAAAAAAUUCCAGAAAACUAUUGUGCAUUGAUUGUUCGUUGUCUUGAGAAGAAUCCAAAGCUGAGGCCAACAGCUCAAGCAAUUGCCGAUGAACUUGACGCCAUGACUGAACGAUUAUGUAUUGUCUGCAUGGACGCACUACGCUCUGUACGCUUUCAGCCUUGUGGACAUAAAGUGGUGUGUGUCCAAUGUCUUGCUCAAAUUCAACAAACGAAAGUUUCAUCCCAAUGCAUUCUAUGCAACCAAGUCAUCGCAAGUGCCCAAGAAGAUAACAAUACAAACACCUUUUUUGUUCCCUCAUCGAACUAA